GAUUCAUAGCGUUAUGUGUGAAACGCCCAGCAUCAAGUAACGUUAGCUAACCAGCAGUUAAAACAUGUCAUCUUUUCACUGACGUUGACUAUUAAUUAUAAUUAUAAACAUAUUUAGAUUAUUGUCAUCACAAUGACAGCUAAACCGAUACGCAGAAAACGCUUGGUAGCUAGGGAACUACUAUAGUUAUUCUGGCGAAGUGCGAACCGGGAAUUUUGGAGCAAUGAAAAUCUGUGACCCAGUGAAGCUGUACUGGUACCUAGUCGCGGAUUAUCCUGGUAACUAACCAGCCAGGUAACUACCAGUAUUUAGGUGGUCUAGCUAGAAAUGCUGUACAAGAAUUAAGGAUGUCGAAUACUAUCAGAAUUGCAGUAUCUGAAACAUUAUUAGGUAGUUAUACCGCUGUCACGGAAUUAACGACAUUGAUUGCAAGAGCAUACAUUGAUAAGUAUUUUUAGGUUGGCUGGAAAACUGUCUAAUAAUGUAUGUUUAGCUAUCCACCAAUACUACUAAAAGCAAAUGUUUUACAGAUGUUGUGGUUCGCUAACUAGCCAGCCAUGAGAUGUCGCGGCCACGACGCUAGAGAUAUUUGAAGGUAGCUAAUGACUGGAAUAUUGCCUCAUCCCUCAAAUAGUGGGGGGAAAUUUCUGGAAACGAGGGGCGAUAACAAUGAUAUCGCUGCUGCAUGAUGAUAACGACAUGAUGCUUAUCGUGACGAAUAGUGAGACCAACAUGAUUGUGCUUAUUGUUAACAAAAACGGAAUGGGGCGUUUAUUCAAAGCAUGGUCGCAUAUAAUGACGUUGUAGUACUUGCUCUUUUGUCUUUCGUGGCACCAUACUUUAGAGACGUAUGGUCAGCUCAGCACACUGGCCGCUCAACGUCCCUUUCCACUCUGUUAUACACCUGGAACGCGUCCUGACGCACGUGGGGCCGCUGUUGUCAGGGUUCUACGACAAGGGAGAGCAACAACAAAGGGGGAUGACAUCAUGCCUGUGAGGGGAAAAAGAGCGAAGCUCUCUUCUCAUUCUGAACUACCACCACCAGCAAAAAUAAUGAGGAGUGAGGAAAUAAACAAUUACAAACAAAUAAGCAAUUCAAUUAAUAAAUAAACAAAUACUCAAGACAAGAAGGAAUUGCCCACCUUCCCUCUAGAGACUGACGCAAUCACAGAAGGACAAUGGGUGUCUGGCAGGGGGGUCUGAAGAGAAAUGGAGAGCUACGAGGAGUUCUGCUUCAGCAGCCUGGCCCGGCUACAGACACAGGGGAAGAGGAAGAGUAGCUGCGAGGCCUCCGGCCAGCAGAGGGCGCUCUCCCUCAUCCAGUUUCAUGGAAGGGCCCUGCUGUCACCUGUGCUAAGCGAUGAGCAGCGCAGGGAGAUGGUGAGGUACAGACAGAGGGCUACGCAGCUGGAUGCUGAGAGACAGAGUUUGCGCAAGGAGAGACUACUGACCCAGGUUCAGAACAUUCUGGAUGGUGUACAGGUGCGUCAGGUGCCAGAGGAGGAGGAGCAGCCCCAGACCCCGCCUACACACGGCUCUCCAAAACCAGAGUUCCCAAAUGGUUUUAUCCUGCCUCCCCGGUGUGGAAGGGGGGUGCCAGAGGAGGAGGAGCAGCCCCAGACCCCGCCUACACACGGCUCUCCAAAACCAGAGUUCCCAAAUGGUUUUACCCUGCCUCCCCGGUGUGGAAGGGGGGUUGACGUCGCUCCAUGUGGCACUAACGGGGGCGUAGCCCAAGAGAAGGUGACCCCCGUGUUCCAGAACGGGAUGAGAGGGGAAGCGGGGGAAGAGCAGGACGAGGAGGGAGAGGAGGGGGGCGCGAGGAUGCAGAGCCUGCUCAAGAGGUCCCGGGAGUGCAUGGAGAGGGAACCGGGCUGGCUGGGGUCCCGGGGCAGCUGCAAGACCACGCCCACGGCCACGCCCACCAACGUGCUGAGAGAGAGCCUCUUCGAUAAGGAGAACGAGAGCGGCGGGGGGCAGCCCAGCCCCUCCCCAGACCACGCCCACGCCCACGCCCACCCUGGCCUGGACCCGAGCGCCUCCCCCAGUCCCCUGUUGGGCCUCGCGGGGCCUUACGCCCAGCUCCCCAGCCCGGAGCCCAGCAUGAGUCCCCGCCCCCACCGCCGCAGGCCCCGCCCCGUUUCCGCCGGCAACAUCUUCAUCUCCUUCCCCGUGUACGCGGCGGAGCAGGAGAGGGGCGCGCUGGCAGGAUGGGGGCCCGCGGGGACCGCCACGCCCUCAAAUGAUAGGUCACCGCCAAACCACCCAUCGCUCGCCGACUCACUGCUGCCCCCUGGAGCCGGCGAGCGGCGCGGCAGCCAUUCUGGAGCGGGCGCGGGCGGCGAGGCGGGCGGACCGGCGGGGUUCCGCAGGCGCUCCCAAACGCUGGACAGCCAGCCGCACCCCGCCGUGGACCGCAGCCAGGAGAGAGUCCCGCGCUUCAUGGGCGGGGUCCCCUGGCGCCCGCCGUGCCGUCGCUCCCCCCCCGCGCCCCUCGGCCAGUCGUACGACCUGGAGAGCCCCGUCCCGGCGCUGCUGCGCCCCCAGGUGGCCCCCGCACGCUCCCCCUCGCCCGCACACUCGCCCAGCCUCGUCAAACGCAGCCUGGGCGCCGAGCCACGGCUCACUCUGGACCUCCUGACCACACCCCCGGAGCAGCCGGCCAAUCAGACCGGGGAGGCGCAGUGGGAGGUCCAUGCCCUGGAGGACAUGCGGAGGAGGCUGGAGGAGGAACACGCCCUGCAGCUGUCCCUCCUCAUCGCCGAACAAGAGAAGGAGCAACGGCACCUCCAGCAGGAGCUAGAGGAGCGGGAGAGGAGACUGAGAGACCAGGGGGCCACGAGGGCUUCUGCUGGGGACCUGGGGCCCGACUGGGAGGCCCAGAGGGAUGGAUGCCCCGCCCUAAACAUGGCAGGCCCUGCCCUCAGCCCCGCUGGCCCCGCCCUAAACCUGGCUGGCUCUGCCCCCAGUCCUGCAGGCCCUGCCCUCAGCCCUGCUGGCCCCGCCCUAAACCUGACUGGCCCCACCCUCAGCCCUGCAGAGAGGUCACCCGGGCCCGUACGCAACAUGGCAGGCUUCACUUCCGCACUCAGCCCCGGCGCCCCCCCUCCUGCUGCUCAGCCCCCCGUCUACCUGUGGGGGCCCUCCUGGGGGGUCAGCAAGGCACGAGGCAGGCAGAGCCUGGUGCUGACUCCCGAGCUGCAGGGGGCGCUGUGUCGCUUAAGCGCCCUCGCCCGCGGUUUCCUGACCCGCCGGCUGCUGCAGACGGAGAAAGUGAAACACCUGCGCCAGACUGUGCAGGACACGCAGGAGUUCAUCCGCUCGUUCCGCUCUGAAGCUCCCCUGAGGAGAGGCGGCUCAGUCUCUGCACAGGACCUGUCCCUGCAGGAGAGGGUCAGAGCCCAGCUGCGGGCCGCGCUGUUCGACGUGCACGACAUCUUUUUCGAGAUGCCCCUCCAGGAGCGCCUGGGACUGCUGCUACAGGACAGAGAGCUGCGUAUGGAGAGGAAGCUCAGAGAGAUGGAGAAAGCCAAGAGCCCCAGGGACAGGGUCACCCUGUCGGCCGCUACCCAGAAGUCCCUGGACAGGAAGAAGCAGAGAGUGGUUGGAAGCCCCGGGCACGCCAAGAGGGUGCAACAGAAGCCAAAGAGCCCCCCCACCAACAGGGUCCUGCAGCCCAGCCAGGGACAGAACGCUCCCGUCCCGGGCCAGCUCCUCCGGCAAGGGAGUCUGUACAGGAAGACCCCAGAGGAGAGGGUAAAGCAUUCUGACACCCUAAGGAAGCAGCACUCACUGGGGUAGUGGUGAUAUCCCUCAGCCAACAAAACAAAUUCACCCCCACCCCUAACCUCCCACCCCCCUCCCUGUUCCCACCUCAUCAAUCCCCCCCUUUAAAAUUUCCCAAACCUCCAUGUCCCCCAAGCCAACAUCCCUCCCACCUGUAUGCAUAACAUCCCCUUCUGAAGCCCCUCCCCCCAUACACCUGCAACCCCCUUCCCAAAAUCCUACCUACCACCCCCCCACCACUCACCACAUGCAUCUCCUGCCAAGUCUCCCCAUUAGGGGGCGCUAGAUGAGUCUGUCCAGCACACACUACCUUACAAAACAUCUGUGAGGAUGAUGAUCGUCCUUCAUCGGACUGUUAUUACUACAGUAUAACAUGCAUUAAGUACAGGUAGUGAACAAAAAAACAAACAUCAAUGUUAAAGUCAUAGUUCACUUUCAGAUGUUUUGUUUUUUUUUUGUUUUAGUGUUUUCAGUUGGCACAGACAGUUUUUGUGCACAAUGAAUGAUAUUUUAUAUACUUCAGAUAUUUUAGAUUUCAGAUACAGAAGUUUCUAAUGAGCUGCUGGCUUCACGAUGGCUGGUAUUGAGGCAGUUUCAUUUCAGUUUCUAAAAAAUCCUUCAUCGCAAACAAAAACUGGCUGGGCUUCAAUUAAGAACAUACGCCAACACUGAAAUAGUAUCCAAACAGCCCACGGAAAGUGAAGUAUGCCUUUAAUGCUCUUCAGAGGGUGCGGUGCCACCGUCUGAAAGCAGUGCAGUCUGGGUGAGCCUCAGCGUAGGGUCUGCCAGCGUCUGGAACUCAGCUGAAGCUCGGCGCCGUGGAAAUCAAUCGAGUCUCACUUAGCGGAUGGAAGCAGAAAACGCCGACUCAGCGUUUUUUUUUUCCAGAGCAGACCGCGAAUGCUCGAUUGGAUGCGGAUCAGGUGACACGGAAGGGCGUGACACACGGAUAAUUUCAGCGUCGCGCUCGUCUGACCACCGGGUGAAAAACACCCCGUCUGCAAGAAAGAAAAUGAGAAAGAUGGAAAGAAAUGUUCUAUUGCAUGGGGUGAAGACAAUCACUUAGUACCUUUCAGUAAUGAUUGGCCUCUACCUAAUGAUUGCUCUCGAAUGAGUGCCCCCCAAACCAUGCCAAGAUGUGCCCCCCUCAGCAUUAUGGAACCACCAGAGUCCCCGACUCAAAACCAGUGUACCACCGCGUUCCUGCUUUUCGUCCACCACCUGUAUGUUACAGUCAAUGACAAACAUUUUACACUGGGUUAGUUUAGCUCCCACUCUGCAAACUGUUACCUUGCCAAGACGUGGUUGAGUCUGUUCCAUUUUUGUUCUCAGCCAAUAGAGAUCGUUCAAAUGGAGGCGUGUCUCUGUGAUGUAGGGACUACAGCCCAGGCGAUAGGACUAGCCCAAUGUAGAACCGAGAUGUGGUCAUGCCAGAGAACCAUUAGCCCAUGUGACAGUUACAGGGCUUCAGAGGGUUCUGCCAGACACACAGACAAUUUUACACCUGCUAGAUGCAUAGACGUCUAUACACAGAUAACUACCAGGCACACUGACACCAGGCAAGCAGGCUUCUCCCUGAGACACGGACAGACACGCGGACUCCUCCCAGAUACCUGCUGACACCUCUUAGACACAGGGACUGUGUGAGUCCCUGCACUUUUCAAGAGCCAUAUGCAUUUGCCAGACAGACAGACACAUACACACACACGUAUACAGGCACACACACCUUUCUGCUUCUGCGUGUCCCAUAUUGGCUAGCCUUCCCCUGCCUCUUCACCCCAACACAUCGUCUCGUCUUCCUGCUCAUCUCCGGCACCAAGUAGCCUUUCGUAGUCCAAGGUGAAAAGGCCUUACCGACUGGGGUCUGGGUUCUUAGUCACAUGACCAGAUGUAGUUUAGAGGUGCUUCGUGGUAGAGGAUUUGUGUUGGUAGUUUUAUUGAAAAAUGUACUGAGCAAGACAUCUCCUGCCUUUCAGCCUACUGUGGUGUCUGCAUAUAUGAAUGUUUUAUUCCGUUUGAGGCCAAAAAUAGUUAUUUGUGGCAAAAUUGAAUAUGGUAGGAAAUAAAGUCUAGUGAACUAAACCUAGAGUAUGCACAGUAAUCUCUUGAAAUUGUGUGGCGCUUUUUUAAAAUUUUAGUUUUGCACUUUAAAAAUAAAAACUGUAAAAACACUUUUUUUUUUUUUAGCAAAGGCUUAGGUUUCCCCAAGAUGUCUUUUGCUCAGCCUGGGUUGCUCGGGCAUUUGAACAUUUUGAACUGAUGUUUGCAGUUCCAGCUGACAGCUUUGGGGAAACAGUUUGCUGAAAAUUUAAAAAAAAAUACCUCGUCAGUUGUACCACCGUACGUUUCACCGAAUACCUCUGGCACCACCUGGUGGUUGAGUCUGGAAUGGCAGUAGGUUCCUACUAAACGGUGAAGAGGUUCCGACCACACUGUGCCGCUGUAGACAGAACAGAGUGGGGUCAGACACAACCGAUACGGCCUUCUACUGCUGUUGGAACGUUUUAUUUAUUUAUUUAUCUUUUUUAAAUGUUUAUUUAAUCUGUUUUAUUUGUUAUGUUAACCAUGCCCAUGUGUUGAUGUUGAGUUUUUAUUGUGAUUUUAUACAGUUCCUACAUAUCCCUGUUUCUAUGCAUGUUUAUAAAAAUAUUGAUGAUAAUAAUGCUAGCCAUAAUAAAAAUUUAAUAAACCAA